AGACGCUGAUUCGAAGUAGCGGGUGGACCCUGACUAUCGGCCCUAUAUACUCGAUCCGGCUAGCUGCGCUGAAUCAGCGAAUGCUGUCGAGACUCGAACUGGAAGCUCAGCUCCAUCCCCCGCGCUCGGCGGUCUCUCUUCCUUGCACGUUCGGAGUAGACAGGUCAAUUUGUCGUCUAUCCCUUUUUCUUGCGACUUCUUUGGCUGAAUGAACCUCUAGCCUAGUCCUCUCCCCCGUGAUGCUCCUUAGAUGCCGCCCUGUCUGGGUCCGACAUGGCGCGCUCCAACCCCUCGCCACAAGCCGCCAUGGGCGAUUACCUACGUGAUAACUCUUCCCCAUUGCAAACAAUUUCUCAGCCCGGAUCAACUCAACUCGCUGCCAGUUCUUUUCUCUCGGGUAAAUACCCAGAUCAUGUCGCACUGUGGCAUAGCACCGCGCUGGUUCGCGUCCCGCAGCCUGUACUUGCAGGUGGAUCAAGUUCGAGCAGCCCGGCGCAACAGCAGCAGAAAACGGGCCAGAAGAAGCACCGUCGUACAAGAACCGGUUGCUACACCUGCCGAUCUCGCAGAGUGAAGUGCGACGAGACUCUACCCAUCUGUGAUAGAUGCAGAAAGGGGAAUCGCAGUUGUGUCUACCCUGCGCCAGGGGUAGCUCCUUCAAAAACUAGUAGCUCGCGUUCGAGCGCCAGGGCGAAAGCAAAUCCUUCUGUGUCAUCUCCAGGGAGUGACAGGUCCGACCAAGGCGGGAUAGAAGGCGCUGAUGAAACGAAAACUCUCAGCGCUAUACAAGAGGAUAAUGCCGGGGCCACAAUAUCUAAAUCGCGUUCGCACGAAACACAACACUCUCACUCUACAGCAGGGAACAAAAAGAAACCAACACCGGAGGCCGUCGUGCCUCGUUCAGAAAAUAGUGCAUCUCCAUCGACAACUGAAUCAUCCAUACUUGAUUCACUGAGCUCGCGGUCGACCAGCGUUGGGCUCUCUGCGCGCGAGCCUUAUGUCUUGCCCAGUACUAUCCAGUGUUUGCCAGAGGAUGUGCGAUUCUACCUCAACUAUCAUCAGCAAUUCUUGACUCAUCAUCAUUAUUUUCUAAGGACAGGCGGUGAUCGAUUUAUUCACCAGGAAAUGGUCGAGUAUGCCUUGCAGUACGAUCCUCUUCUCUACGCACUAGCGGGUUUCGCUGCAUAUCAUCAUUCUUUGCAGAACCCGGGUGGGAAAAUUUAUACAUUCCUUAAACUCUACCACAAGGCUUUGAUGCUGUUGCGCAAAUCCCUUGGCUCGGGAGAGGAGCAUGGUGAAGCAACGCUGAUAACAGUCCUUGUCCUCACCUCAUUCGAGGAAUAUAUUGGCGACUGGAUGAGCCUUAUAGAUCACCAUCAGGCCGCCCACGCCUUGAUCUGUGAGCUAUCAACUCCCGAAUCUAUAAACACCAACGAAACGUACAGGCAGAUUUUUUCGUGGUAUGCUCGAUUUGAUGUUGCAGCAGGCAUCCUUGCUGGAAGCGAGACCAUCCUCUCCCGCGAAUGGUAUAUCAGCAGAGAGGAAUAUGAUGCUGAGCAGGCGCUCAGAUACCCGAAUGAUAUAGACAAACAGAUCACUUACUCCGCCUCGAUUAUCCGACGGAUUGGCCUGGACAUGGCAUCGCUGUAUGCUAAGCUGUCUCGUGGUAUGAUCUCGAUGGAGGAGUUCAUGGUACAGAAUGACCAGCUUUCCCAAAAUCUGGAAUAUAUAAAGAAUAUCCUGAAGCAAUUUGACGACUCUGAAUAUACAGUCACUUCUUACCCCCACAAAGUGGCCUUGACGUGCGAUGACAUUGUCGAUCCAUAUUUACCUGGCGGUCUCUACCAAGGCCCCUUGUGGAGCCUUAACUUCGCAUGGAUUGACCUUCUUUCUGUCACCCUAAUGUUCUACUAUCAGUCCUAUAUGACCUUGCAGCAACCGCCGCCAUCAGAGCUUGAAAGUCUGGCCUUGGAGCAGUGUCGGUUGAUUGAAACAAUUGACCGUUGGCCCGACAAGCCCAAUGGAUAUUUAAUCGGUUUCAAGAAUAGUAUCUCCCUCGCCAGUAUGUUUCUUCCCAAUGAUGAGAAACAUCGUAUGUGGUGCAGGAGAAAAUUUGCCAAAAUGGAACGAAACGGAUACAUCUUCUCUCCCAAAUUCCGAAGCGUCCUAGCAACAAUGUGGCAAGUUCCUGAGAUGAACUACUGGUGGCUUCCCGACGAUGAAGGCUACCCCAACAUUGUGCGUGAGAUUCGUGCCAUGACAGAUGAACGGAUGAGUAAACCGCGAGACAAUUUCAGGGAGGACGUCCGAAACAUGAAAGCCGUCUUUGGGAAAUUGGAUUUGGAUGACCCUGGAGAGCCGUCGGAAUCUGCAUAGAGCUCAAUGCAUAUACGUGAGCUUAUCUUAGAUCAUUCACCUAACCCGUUGGAAUCCCAGCUAAAUCGUUCACUUCCUUGACUUUGGAGAUCGGCCAUUGUUUAUUUACUACCUUCUACCUGAAUCUGGUGUCUAUUACCAUAAUGACAUCCAGCAUUUGGUUUCUUGAAGGAUCUGCAUUUUGGAAGCGUCUGCAAUCUGUCGCUGUUUUACUCCAUGCAUCCGUUCCCCUCUCUUUACCUGGAUCCCGGAAUUUUCAGGACCAGUUGACUGCUGAGGACCCAUUCUCUCCCUAUCAAUAUUCUUUCCGGGCUUGCAACAGCCUUCCCUGCGGUGUUAACUUCUCACCUGUCAUUGUUAUAUGAGGCUACAGGCAACCGAUCCUGUGACGAUUUUGCCACUUGGCUGAAUGUCGGUUCGAUAGACCACUGUUUCGGAUUGAGUUCACGAAGUAUUAUAUUUUCACCAUAUCCACAAUCCUUGAUUUCCUAUAUCCUUAACUAGACUCAUAUGGCGGGCCCCGACUACCACCAGGAAGGUAUUCUGGUCCCAGCUCACCCUCAAACAGGAAGCCCUCCUUCCAACUUCCCCCCCUUCCAAGCCCUAUAAAAAUGACUCUCAUAUCCCUCCCCCGCUAAUGCACCGUCGGCCCGCACUACCUAGAGAGAGAAAUUGGCGCACAAGACGGAGACGACGUUCAUCGGGGUUCCAGGAUAGAUGGGGGUUGUCCCAGUCCUCCCUUUUUUGGAUAUUAUAUUUGUCACUCCCAGUAAAUCCAAAGAAAAUGGACAUAAAAAUAAAUACAAACCAAUAAAUAUACAUCCGGGGGAGAAGCAUCUCCAUGCUAG